UUGAGUCUUGUCUUGUCUUUUCAAAUCAGUACACUUCAUCAUUUUUUAUGUUUCACAAACAAAUCUCACUCUGUAUUAAUGCAAGAUUGAAUAAGACUCUUAACUUUGUUCUCCUUUCUUAGCUUCAUUCAUUGUCUUUCUGGAAGAGUGAUUGAUCGAAAGAAUCACAGGAAACAUGAAGUUUGGGAAGGAAUUGUCCUUGCAGAUGGUGCAGGAAUGGCAAGAAGCAUACAUAGAUUAUACUAAUCUAAAGUCAUUACUGAAAGAUAUUUUGCACUUCAAACAGAAAAACAAACCUCCACAGCAGAUGCCCACAUUGCCUAAUGGCGGUUUAAAUAGGCGUGUAUCUUUAUACCGCGCUUUCAGUGGGUUAACACGACGACCGAGUAAUAUCACAGAGGAAGAUGUAGAAGAUCAAGUCAUACUGGUGAAUGCAGUUCAACAAGUAGGAUCUGAAUGUUGUUACCAUACCCAGUUUCUCAAGUCAUCUGAAAGAGGAGGAGAGUAUGAGCUUGUAUUCUUUAGAAGAUUAGAUGAUGAAUUUAACAAAGUAAGCCAGUUUUAUAAGAUGAAAGUUGGAUUAGUUUUGAAUGAAGCUCAGGAGCUUAAUAAACAGAUGGAUGCUUUGAUUGCUCUACGGCUUAAGGUGCAUAAACCAACUGUUCCGUUUGAAGAUGUUAUCCCUUCGUGGGAUUCAAAAGGGAAUCGAUCACCAGUAUGUAAAGAAAUGGCGCAUAUGGAAGUCAUAGAAGAAAUUGAGAAGAGUCAAAGAGGUACUGAUCACAAGCCUGAAGCGGAUUCUACACUUGCUAGUUUAGAUGUCUUGAAUCAUGUCAAGAUCAAUGUCAAACUUGAAACUCCAAGGUCGACCAUAAAAGGCAUUUUCACAGAUUCAAAAUAUAGAGACUUGACUUUCAGUAUUCAAGAGCUAAGAGAAGUAGAGGAACAACUUAAACGCGCCUUUUUCGAAUUCUACCAAAAACUAAGACUUCUAAAAAGCUACAGCUUCUUAAAUCUCCUGGCAGUUUCAAAGAUCGUGAAGAAGUAUGAUAAGAUCACUUCGAGAAGUGCGUCUAAAGCAUACUUAAAGAUGGUAGAUAAUUCAUAUAUUGGAAGCUCCGACGAGGUUACUAAGCUAAUGGAAAGGGUGGAAGCCACCUAUAUCAAGCAUUUCUCAAACGCCAAUCGCAGCAAGGGCAUUAUCGCUUUAAGGCCAAAAGCAAGACCAGAAAGACAUCGAACAACAUUUUGCUUAGGUUUCUUCUCUGGUUGUUCAGUAGCUCUUGCAGUGGGUAUUGGUGUUAUCAUACAUGCAAGAAAUAUCUUUAACCAUGACAGGCGUGGUCAAUACAUGGAAAAUAUGUUUCCACUGUAUAGCUUGUUCGGAUUCAUUGUGCUACAUCUUGUCAUGUACUCCGCAAAUGUAUUCUUUUGGAGGCGAUAUCGUGUGAAUCAUCCUUUCAUAUUCGGCUUCAAACCAGGGACAGAUUUGGGUUAUAGACAAGUUUUUCUUGUGGGUGCAGGACUUGCUGUACUAGCAUUAGCUGGUGUCCUCUCAAACUUGGACAUGGAUUUGGAUCCAAGAACCAAGAGUUUUCAAGCGUUAACCGAAUUGGUUCCUCUGGGUCUAGUCUCUGUUCUACUUCUUAUUACAUUCUGCCCUUUCAAUAUCAUGUAUCGUUCAAGUCGCUUCUUCCUUCUUCGUUGUUUACUACACUGUGUUUUCGCUCCUCUUUACAAGGUUACUCUCCCCGAUUUUUUCUUGGCAGAUCAGCUUACUAGCCAGGUUCAAGCGUUGAGAUGCCUGGAGUUUUACAUUUGCUACUAUAUAGGGGGAGAUUUCAGACAAAGAAAGAACAGUUGCAACAAAAGCCAAAUCUUUCAGAUAUUCUAUUUAAUUGUAGCAGUAAUUCCAUAUUGGUUUCGCUUCAUUCAGUGUAUCCGGCGCUUUGUUGAAGAGAAAGAUAAAAUGCAAGGGUAUAAUGGGUUAAAAUACCUGUCCACAAUAGUUGCUGUUGUAAUAAGAACGAUAUACGAACAAAAGAUGGGAACAACUUUGAAAAUCAUGGCAGGAGCAAGUUCAAUGAUAGCAGCAGUUGCUAAUACAUACUGGGACCUUGUCAUAGAUUGGGGUCUUCUACAGUGGCACUCGAAAAACUUUUGUUUGAGGGACAAAAUCCUUGUUCCUCACAAAAGCGUCUAUUUUAUAGCCAUGAUCUUAGAUGUUCUACUCAGAUUCGCUUGGUUGCAGUCAAUUCUAGGUUUCCGUGAGUUCUUUUUCUUCCAUAGAACAGCUGUAACAGCAAUAUUUGCCUGCCUAGAAAUCCUACGCCGUGGAAUAUGGAAUUUCUUCAGGUUGGAGAACGAGCACUUAAACAAUGUAGGAAACUACCGUGCAUUCAAGUCAGUGCCACUACCUUUCAACUAUAACGAAGACGAUGACAAGGAUGAGUAGAAACAGUAUAGACGUAAUACAGGAUACAUACUUGGUAAAUCUAAAAAACACACUCGGUCACUCUUGAAGACACUAUAUAAUACGGCCAUACGGGUUUCUACCUUUUGGGACAACAACUUAUCAUUCUAUCAGACAUAUUCAAAAUCCACAGAUCAAGCCAUGUCCUUAUUGCAAACAGAAAUUUUGUCAAUAGUGUAAUAUCAAUAGUUGAAUUGUUAUAUCACCUGAUUAUUCCUACUCAAGUAGAAUGUUGUUUUUUCUUCUUCAUUUUCUUAGGGUAGUUAGUCACAUGUAUUCCGAUAUGAAAACCAAGAAAAUGAUUGUGAUGAUAUGAGUUGUUAUCCAAUAAAAGCUAAAAUUAAACAAA